AUGCAAAUAGAUGCCAGCAAUUCUGUUGAUGAUCGAUUUCAUUUCUCAAUGCGACAACCUCUGCUGACAGUUGAAGAGGUGAUUGGCAAAUUGGAUGAGUUGACCCUGCAAUCUUGGGAUGCUAAAGUCAUAUUGCAUCACCAAGUUCCACUGCACCUAGCCGCUUUUCAAGAUGAUGAAGCAAGUUCUCUGCACUAUUCCACGAAGGAGAUAUUUUAUGAUGAAUUGCUAACCGACGAGGAAGGAUGGAAAACUAUUAGCACUCGACUUGAAGCAUUGUGGCUAAAUUGUUUACCCAAACUUCAGAAUUUAUGUAGAGAUGGAAGACAAAUUCACCAUGUUCUGGAGGUUCUUGAAGUCUUAGGCGUGCGAGAAUGUUCAAGUUUAGGAAAUUUAUUUCCCUCCUCUGCAACUUUCUGCCACUUGACAUACCUGGAGGUGAUACAGUGCAACAGUUUGAAAAGCCUAAUGACCUCAUUAACAGCUGGAAGUCUUUUCAAAUUGCAAAGGAUGAAAAUAGAACAGCGUGAUUCCCUCGAAGAAAUUGUGACAGAAGAGGUGAAUGAGACAGAAAAUGACAUUGCGUUUAACAGUUUGUUUAGUUUAGAGCUGAUUUAUUUGCCAAGGCUCCAUAGCUUUUCAUCAAGCAAGUGCCCCUUCAAGUUCCCAUGGUUGGAUAGAGUUGUUGUUAGCCAAUGCCCCAGGAUGCAGAUUUUCUCCCAUAAAGCAAUAAGUGCAUCAAAGCUUAAAAAAGUACUAACAGAGGAAAAAGACGAGGGAAAAUUCUAUUGGGAAAGAGAAUUCAAUGGAACAAUUAGCAAGAUGUUUCUGAACAAGGUUGCAUUUCAAAGCUUUGAGCGUUUAGAGCUUUCGAAAUAUCCAAUGUUUAAAGUAGUGUGUAUACUAGAAGCUCUUUCAACUUGGACGAGCUUGAAGUGUGAGUGCGAUACACUUGAAGCCGUGUUUGAUUUGGGUGAUAUAGAUGAAAGAAGAAUGAAUGCGAGAGGAACUUUUCAGUUGAAGAAAAUGAGACUGAGUAAUCUGCCAAAACUCAAGCACAUAUGGAAACACGAUUCCCAUGAACUUGCGAGCUUGGGUAAUUCAGGGGAUAUUCAUGCCAGUGAAUGCCAAGCAUCGAAUGGAUAA